CACUUCAACGACAAAGCUGCUAAUUUAACCACUUCGGUAGCUUGCUAGACAACAGAAAAGCGAAACACUGAAGCGCCUUAGCCCAUUUUGGAUAUAAUACUCUGUGUUUUAAACCCAAUUCUGUUUACAUAUCUAGUAACGUUUGUUAAUUACGUUUAAGUUAACUAUUUGUUGAAAUUGAUAGUCAAACUAGCACUAAGCUAGUCGCUAAUGCUAACUAGCUAGCUAGCUAAAAUCCCCGACCAUGAGCUCAGGAAGCUACUCUGCUAAAGAAGAGGAGGUCUGUUGGACGGAGAAAGAAGCUCUGGGGCUGAACAUUGUCGUAAAAGAGGAAGACGAUGAUAUUACCAUGCAAGGAGAGGAAGGGGCUUUCAAAACGAUAAAAGAGGAGGAGGAGGAUGUUACAGUGAAAGAGGAGAAAGAAACGUUUGGGGUAAAAGAGGAAGAGGGGAUAGAGGCUUUCACAGUGGAAGAGGAGGAGGUAGAAGCUUUCAAAAUCAAAAAGGAGGAAGACAUUAUAUUGAAAAAAGAGGAGGAGCCUCCUAGAGAGGAAGAGGAAGGAGAGGAGGAGGAGACUGAACAAGAUCUGAUGAUCACCAGAGAAAGAUCAGACUCAGAGGAACCAGAGACGUCCAAACCAGCAAAAAGACACGACUGUUCCAACUGCAGGAAGAGUUUUACCAAGUUAGGAAACCUGAGAAGACAUGAGAGGACACACACAGGAGAGAAGCCUCAUCACUGCUCCCAGUGUGGGAAGAGUUUCACCCAGUUAGGGAACCUAAAAAUACACGAGAGAACACACACAGGAGAGAAGCCUUACGAAUGCUCUCAAUGUGGAAUGAGUUUUACCAAGUUAGGGUACCUGAAAUCACACGAGAGAACACACACAGGAGAGAAGCCUUUCCACUGCUCACUGUGCGGGAAGAGUUUUACAGAGUUAGGCAACAUGAAAAGGCACGAGCGGACACACACAGGCGAGAAGCCUCAUCACUGCUGUCAGUGUGGAAAGACUUUUACAGAGUUGGGGAGCCUGAAAAUACAUAAGAGAAUACACACAGGGGAGAAGCCUUUCCGCUGCUCCCUGUGUGGAAAGAGUUUUACAGAGUUAAGCAACCUGAAAAAACAUGAGAGGACACACACAGGGGAGAAGCCUUUCCACUGCUCCCUGUGUGGAAAGAGCUUUACAGAGUUAGGGAGUCUAAAAAUGCAUAAGAGAAUACACACGGGCGAGAAGCCUCAUCACUGUUCUCAGUGCGGAAAGAGUUUUACAAAGUUGGGGAACCUGAAAAUGCACGAGAGAAUACACACAGGAGAGAAGCCUUACCAAUGCUCCCUGUGCGUAAAGAGGUUUACCUCAUUAAGGCAAUUGAAAGAACAUGAAAGAAUCCACACCAUAGAGAAACGUUAGCAAUGCUCCUAGUAUGAAAUUGUAUAUUGUUAACCAGUUAGUUUUAACCAGUCAGUUUUAACCAGUCAGUUUUAACCAGUCAGUUUUAACCAGUUAGUUUUAACCAGUCAGUUUUAACCAGUCAGUUUUAACCAGUUAGUUUUAACCAGUUAGUUUUAACCAGUUAGGGCACCUGAAAAAACCAUGACGUAAUACAUACAGUGAAGAUGCCUUACCGCUGUUCCAGUGUAGAAACUAAUAUAUCCCAUCAAAUAUACUUUAAGUUAAUGACAUUCUAUUUUAAAGCUACAAUGUGUAACGUUUUUGUGCAAACCUGACACACAUUCACACAGAAAACCCCCACAAAUAAUCCCACACUUGUCUCAUAUAUUGUACCGCAAAAUGUUGUGCUUUUGUUUAUGCCACAUUAAAUCAAGUUGUAUAAAAUGGACCAAAAAAUACAUCUGUGUUUUUCAUUUCAAAAUAAUAACUGAAUGUGAAGCAGGCUAUG